AUCCUCCAAAAACAAUAAAUUGGGAGGCGACAAAAAUGAAGAGCGCCACCGCAAGCACCCUUCCGCAGCCGCCACUCCACUCUCUCCACCCGCUGCCGCGCCGCCACUUCAACCGCCUAUUCGCAGCGGCCUACACCGCCUCCCUAUCCUCCCUCCUCUACCACCACUUCCUCAAACUCCUCCACUCCGCCUCCCCAAUCUCCCUCCUCAUCUCCCUUUCCCUCCUAUUCUCCGACCUCAUUCUAGCCUUCAUGUGGUCCACAUCGCAGGCCUUCCGCAUGAACCCGGUCCACCGACACGAACACCCCGAGCACCUCGAAAAGGCGCUGGACCGGAGGGAUUUUCCGGGGCUGGACAUAUUCAUAUGCACGGCGGAUCCCUUCAAAGAGCCUCCAAUCGACGUCGUCAACACGGCGCUGUCGGUGAUGGCGUACGACUACCCGGCCGAGAAGGUGUCGGUGUACGUGUCGGACGACGGGGGCUCGGAGCUGACCAUGUUUGCCUUCAUGGAGGCAGCGAGGUUUGGGAGGCUUUGGCUGCCGUUUUGUAGAGAGAAUAAAGUAGCAGAGAGAUGUCCACAUGCGUAUUUUAGCUCCACUUAUGAUUUAACCGCCAAGACCCUCGAAAUCAAGAUGAUGUAUGAGAGCAUGAAGAUGAAGGUGGAAAGUGUGGUUGCAAAAGGUAAAGUGAGUGAUGAAUACAUUUCAAGUGAAGUAGAGAGUCAAAUUUUGAAGCAAUAUAGGAACAAAGAUUUUAGUAGACAAAAUCAUCCCCCUAUCAUUCAAGUGCUAUUAAACUCUAAGAAAGAUGUGGACUCUUGUUGUGAGCCUAUGCCAAAUCUUGUAUACAUCUCUAGAGAGAAGAGCAAGGGAAGGCCACACCACUUCAAGGCCGGUGCCCUCAAUGCGCUCCUUCGAGUCUCGGCCACCAUGACCAACUCACCAAUCAUCCUAACACUGGAUUGUGACAUGUACUCAAAUGAUCCCACAACGGCCCAAAGAGCAUUGUGCUACUUCUUGGACCGGUCCAAGCCCACAGGGCCCAAUCCCAUUGGGCCAAACUAUGCAUACCUCCAAUUCCCACAACGGUACCAUGGGCUCAACAAGGCCGAUAUAUAUGCUUCCGAGCACAAGCGUCUCUUUCUAGUAAACUCAAUGGGCCUUGAUGGUCUAAAGGGGCCCAAUUAUGUCGGAACGGGAUGUUUUUUCAACCGACGGGCCUUCUUUGGAGGCCCGUGCUCGUACGUACCUCCUGAGGCUCUAGAGCUCAGCCCGGAUUAUAUUGUGGAUAAGCCCAUUAAUGGCAAAGAAAUUCUUGGGAAGGCCCAUCAAGUUGCAGGGUGCUAUUAUGAAAACCAAACAAGUUGGGGUUCCAAGAUUGGUUUCCGAUAUGGAUCGUUAGUAGAGGAUUACUACACGGGAUAUCGGCUUCAAUGCGAAGGUUGGAAGUCAGCAUUUUGUAAUCCAAGUAGGGCUACAUUUUUGGGCGAUAUUCCUAUCACUAUAAAUGAUGCUCUAAACCAGGUGAAGAGAUGGUCGGUUGGGCUUUUAGAGGUUGCAUUUUCCAAGUAUAGCCCACUAACAUAUGGUUCAAGGAAUAUGGGUAUCUUAAUGGGCCUCGGUUAUGCACACUAUUCUCUUUGGCCCAUUUGGUCCAUCCCAAUCACUAUUUAUGCUUUAGUACCUUCACUGGCCCUCCUUCAAGGGCUUCCCAUUUUCCCCAAGGUUUCAGAGCCUUGGUUCUUGCUAUAUGCAUUUCUUUUCCUCGGUUCGUACGGCCAAGAUUGCUUCGAUUUCAUAUCAACACGUGGCACAUUCCGGAGAUGGUGGAGUGACCAGAGGAUGUGGCUGAUGAGGGCACCUUCGGCUUUCUGUUUCGGAAUGGUGGAAUACAUAAGCAAGUGUUUAGGUAUGGAGACUCAUGGGUUCAAUGUGACUAGCAAAGUGAUGGAGGAUGAGCAGAGCCAGAGAUAUGAUAAUGGGAUCUUUGAGUUUGGUGUUGCAUCACCCAUGUUUAUCCCUUUAGCCUCACUUGCCACCUUGAAUCUUGUUGCUUUUCUUGCCGGAUUCUUGCGCGUUUUCAAUGAUGGAGAGUUCGAUGCUUUCUUCGUCCAGAUGUUCGUUGCUGGUUUUGGAGUGUUGAAUAGCUUCCCUAUUUAUGGUGCUAUGUUUUUUAGGAGGGACAGUGGGAGGAUGCCUAUCAACACCACCUUAACCUCCACUCUCAUAGUAGGAGCUCUCUUUGUUCUGUUCAACCAAAUUCAUGUUUGAUACUACAUACAUAUGCAAAUGAUAGUAUUGUUAUAAGCUAAA